UUCCCUUUUUAGCUUACAGCUGAGAAUGAGUCUGCUUAUGAUUGUUGAGAAUGUAAAAUUGGCACGAGAAUACGCAUUGCUGGGAAACUAUGACUCUGCUGUGGUCUAUUAUCAGGGAGUUCUUGAUCAAAUGAGCAAGUAUCUUUUCUCAGUCAAAGACACAUACCUUCAGCAGAAGUGGCAGCAGGUUUGGCAGGAAAUCAGUGUGGAAGCUAAACAUGUGAAAGAUAUCAUGAAAACGCUGGAGAGCUUUAAACUCGAGAGCACUCCUCUGAAGGCAGCACAGCAUGAGUUUCCAGCCUCUGAGGGAGAAGUGUGGUCCUUGCCGGUUCCUGUUGAACGAAGAUCUUCACCAGGACCUAGAAAACGCCAGUCUCUACAGUGCACUGACCCCAAACCGCAUGGUAAUCGUUCAAGUGUAGCUGCCAGAGGUCACCGUACAGCGGCCCAGAAUCUGCACAAUGACAGAGGGAAAGCUGUUCGUUCUCGAGAAAAGAAAGAGCCGAAUAAAGCAAGAGAGGAGAAGAACAAAUCACUGGCUGCAGUUACCGAACCAGAAACAAACAAAUUUGAUGGUACUGGAUAUGAUAAGGACUUAGUAGAAGCUUUGGAAAGAGAUAUUAUUUCUCAGAAUCCCAAUAUUCGAUGGGAUGAUAUUGCAGACUUAGUAGAAGCCAAAAAGUUGCUUAAGGAAGCUGUGGUGUUACCUAUGUGGAUGCCUGAAUUCUUUAAAGGCAUUAGGAGACCAUGGAAAGGAGUGCUGAUGGUUGGCCCACCUGGUACAGGAAAGACCCUCCUUGCUAAAGCAGUGGCUACAGAAUGCAAAACAACGUUCUUCAAUGUCUCUUCGUCAACCCUGACUUCAAAAUACAGAGGAGAGUCUGAGAAGCUUGUUCGUCUUCUCUUUGAAAUGGCUCGAUUUUAUUCUCCAGCCACCAUAUUUAUUGAUGAGAUCGAUUCCAUCUGUAGUCGCAGAGGGACUUCGGAAGAGCACGAAGCAAGCAGAAGGGUGAAAGCUGAGCUGCUGGUUCAGAUGGAUGGUGUUGGAGGGGCUUCUGAAAAUGACGACCCUUCCAAAAUGGUGAUGGUUCUGGCAGCUACUAAUUUUCCCUGGGACAUUGAUGAGGCUUUGCGACGACGACUUGAGAAAAGAAUCUACAUUCCAUUGCCUUCAGCAAAAGGCAGAGAAGAGCUGCUACGGAUAAGUCUUCGUGAGCUGGAAUUGGCCGAUGAUGUGAACCUUGCAAGGAUAGCAGAAAACAUGGAAGGCUAUUCAGGUGCAGACAUUACCAAUGUGUGCAGGGAUGCAUCCUUGAUGGCAAUGAGAAGGCGUAUUGAAGGUCUGACCCCAGAGGAGAUCCGUAAUCUCUCAAGAGAAGAAAUGCACAUGCCUACGACGAUGGAGGAUUUUGAAAUGGCUUUAAAAAAGGUUUCUAAAUCAGUGUCUGCUGCAGACAUUGAACGAUACGAGAAAUGGAUAUUUGAAUUUGGAUCAUGCUGAAUUCUUACAUGUCAGCCGUGAGAAGCUGCCUUAAGGUUUUGACAAUAAACAAAUGUAUUUCGUUACAUUGAGUGCUAUAUUUUUUUAAAUUUUCCUAGUAAGAUUUUUUGUAAAAAUUGAUUCUGAAUAAAGGUGAUUUUUAA